AUGCAACCGAAUAACUUACUUCAGUCUGUUUCACCAACUUAUUACUCCAGUUGCUCAACUGACAGUAUGAAAAAUAUUUCGAUAUGUGCGCAAAAUUCAUUUUUUGGGAUAGCUUCUUUAUUAGGAUUUAAUGAACGGAAACAAGUAAAUGAAAUUGAUCUAACAAAAUUGUCUAACAGUUCAGAAAAUUUAUUUACGACUUUGUCAGACGAUUCAAAUGUAAUGGAUUACAUUAAAUUGAGUGAAGCGCCUCAAUGGUUCAAUUCACAAAUGAAAAAUAACAUUCAAAAUCACUCAGCUUUCCAUGAUCAUGAUCACUAUUCCCUGAAUUCUCCGAAGCGAACAAUUCCAUCGUAUAAGUUUAAUAGUCAAAUGGAAAAUAAAAAUUCUAAUAAUAAUAAUAAUAAUCAAAUAAAUACAAAGACCAGAUCGCUGAAAUCAAAACCGCUUCUUCGUCCGCCUACAUCCAACACAGGGAUUGAAACCUCUACAAAUGACGCAAACAGUCUUACAGUGAAAACAAGGACGAAACAUCAGAAUCAUGUCAGUCAACAUGUUCAUCAUCAUCACCACCACCAUCAUCAACAGCAGCAGCAGCAGCAGCACCAGUUACGUGAACAGCACUCACGUGAUCGCAAGCAUAGGCGUAAUCGCACCACUUUUACAACUUUCCAAUUACAUGAAUUAGAAUGUGCAUUUGAGCACAGUCAUUAUCCAGACGUUUUAAACAGAGAAGAAUUAGCUGCAAAAAUUAGGCUGCCGGAAGUUCGAGUUCAGGUUUGGUUCCAGAAUAGACGGGCGAAAUGGAGACGUCAAGAAAAACAAGAGGCUAUGAUCCAUACAAAAAAUCUUGAAGAAGCGUUACCAUAUCUCAAAAAGCACAAUAAUAAUAAUAAUAAUGCGUCCUUUGAGAUGAAUCCAUUGAAAACAGAAAUUCAUCCAUCAGACGUUGAUAAUAAAAUUUCAAGGUCAAGUCUGCCUGCUAUUCGGGGUUUAGUACAAUUUUUGGUGUUGCUUUUAGACUUUAUAUCUUGUUCCUAA